UUGAAGCCUUGAUCACUUCAAAUUUCAAAGUGAGCUACAUCUUGUACCUAGCAAACAAUAAUUAUAUUCAAGAGGGUACCCAGUCCACGUACGUACACAACUGAAGCAAGAAACAUUAACUACAUUCAUCUAACCCCAAGCAAAUUAACCAAGCCAUAUUUGCACAAUUCUAUUUCCACCGCACCCAACACCAAUUCUCCAGCAAUGGCAGCAUCUCGUUACUGUAAGAAAACUUAUGUACGUGCUUAUUUUCUGCAUGUAACAUUAAUAUUCUUGCUCCUUGUAAUUCCUCGUGCAGCAGCUUCAUUAGCCUUCAACUAUCAGCAACUUGGUGACACGGGAAACGCCCUCAAGACUUCAGGAGAUGUCUAUCCUGACCAAGAUGUCCUCCUACUCACCCGUUAUGAGCCAGAUAGUUAUGGUAGAGUUACAUAUUACGAAAAUUUGCAUCUUUGGGACAAGAACUCAGGAAAAGUCACAGACUUCACUACCCAUUUCUCCUUUACCAUCAACACCCCCAAUAAAACCCAUCAUGGAGAUGGCAUCACCUUCUUUCUUGCACACCCAGACUUUCCACAAUCGGGCAUAGAUGGAAGCGGUAUCGGUCUUGCGAGCCGCGAACAACUGAAGAAUCUGAAUUACGCGAAGGAUUAUCCGUUUGUAGCGGUGGAAUUCGAUACCUUUGUUAAUGACUGGGAUCCUAAAUAUGACCAUGUCGGUAUCGAUGUUAAUUCUAUCAACACUACUGACACUACGGAAUGGUUCACAAGCAUGGAUGAGAGAGGAUAUGAUGCUGAUAUUAGUUACGAUUCUGCUUCAAACAGAUUAAGUGUCACCUUAACUGGAUAUAAGGAUAGUGUCAAAAUUAAACAGCACUUAUUCUCUGUGGUCAAUCUGAGUGAUGUCUUACCUGAAUGGGUUGAAAUUGGCUUCUCUUCAGCAACAGGAUUUUUUUAUGAGGAACAUACUCUUAGCUCAUGGUCCUUCAACUCUAGUUUAGACAAGGAACAACAAAAGGGUGGAAGCAAAAUUGGGCUGGUGAUAGGGCUGAGUGUUGGACUUGGUGCAGGGCUGAGUGUUUUAAUUGUUAUUUGGGGGGUAACUUUCCUUGUGAGAUGGAUGCUGAAGAAUAGAGGUUUGGAGGAAGUCUCACUUUUUGAUCAUGCUAUGGACAACGAUUUCGAAAGAAUGUCUCUACCCAAGAAGUUUUCCUAUGAAGAACUUGCCAGAGCAACUAAUAACUUUGCAAGAGAAAACAAAAUUGGAGAGGGAGGUUUUGGAGCAGUCUACAGGGGACUUAUAAGAGAGUUGAACAUCCAUGUUGCCAUUAAGAAGGUAUCUCGCAGAUCUAGUCAAGGAGUGAAGGAGUAUGCAUCUGAAGUAAAGAUCAUUAGCCAACUGAGGCAUAAAAAUUUGGUUCAACUCUUAGGGUGGUGCCAUCAGAACAAUGACCUGCUGCUGGUUUAUGAGUUCAUGGAAAAUGGAAGCUUGGAUUCUUAUCUGUUUAAAGGAAAAGGCCUUCUGGCAUGGAAAGUGAGAUAUGAUAUUGCUAGAGGCCUGGCCUCCGCAUUAUUAUACCUGCAUGAAGAGUGGGAAGAAUGUGUGCUUCAUAGGGACAUAAAAUCCAGCAAUGUUAUGUUGGAUUCUAAUUUUGAUGCAAAGCUUGGUGAUUUUGGGUUAGCCAGACUAAUGGAUCAUGCAAUAGGUUCAAAAACAACUGUUUUAGCAGGAACAAUUGGAUAUUUGCCUCCUGAAGCUGUCACAAGAGGCAAGGCUAGUAGGGAGUCUGAUGUAUUCAGUUUUGGAGUUGCUGCUUUGGAGAUAGCCUGUGGUAGAAAGGCAAUUGAACCUAAUGUGAAUGAAGAACAGCUCUAUUUGGUGGAUUGGGUUUGGGAACUCCAUGGCAUGGUUGAUCUUCUUAAAGCAUCUGAUCCAAGCUUAUAUGGACACUUUGAUGAGAAGGAAAUGGAGAGGUUAAUGAUAGUUGGCCUGUGGUGUACUUACACAGAUUUCCAUCUGAGGCCUACAAUUAGGCAAGUUGUUCAGGUGCUUAAUUUUGAAGCUCCACUUCCCACUCUCUCACCACAGGUUCCAUCCUUUUCCUAUAAUUCAUCUUUCAGCUCUAUGCCCUCUAGGACUUCUGCUUUUGCAAAUAACCAAUGUGUCUCUUCAACUUCAAGUAGCUUAGGCACUGGAUCCUCACAAUCGAACACAACUUGUGAAGUCAUCAUUUCUCCAGCAGCCGCACAUUGACAUACAUACUAAGUUUGAUAUUUAUGGUAAUAUUUUUUUUUCUUUAAGUGUAAUUCUAUAUCUGUUGUCACAUUAUCUGCAGCUUUUGUAAUAUUUUCUGGUCCAAUGCAUUUUCUUCUUUCAAUUUCAAGUUAAAAACUAGCCUUGUCAAUUGUCAUUAUGUAAUAUUAAUUAUUGAAACAUGUUUGAACUAAAA